UAACUCUUUAACUAACAGGAUUUUCGUUCCAUUUUGUGGAUCAAGUGGAGGUCAGCACUUGAGAGCCGAUCUUUCCUUUACCGAUUGUCGACUUGGACCAUUCGGAGCAACUUUCCAAAUUCGAUCUAUAAGGAGUUUUUUUUACAUCCAAACAACAGACAGAGUAACGAAAUAAUAUUUUGGGGAAGCAAGGAGAAAAAAUGUCAGGCAAAGUCAAAAAAGCAGGGAAGGAAAUGAAGACACAAGUCGAUGAGAAUCAAUUAAGAAAAGAAUUGAGAAAUCAGGAGAAAGCCAAUAAAAAAAUUGAGAACGACAAAAUAAAUUCAUCAAUUGAUACUGUUGAUCUUUCAUUAAAGCCAGCAAAAGAAAUUUGUUUAGGAGGAAUCGAGGGUGGAGCCACUCAUUCGACAUUAAUCGUAAUUGACGGUGAGGGCAAUAAAUUGACGGAAAUUAAGGGACCCGGUACAAAUCAUUGGGCACUCGGCGUGCAAGAAACAGCUGCAAGAAUCAGUGGUAUGAUUGACAAAGCCAAGGAAGAACUUCAUUUACCAGAAACUGUCCCCUUCGAAUGUGUGGGUUUAACAUUGAGUGGUUGUGAGGAGGAAGAAACAAAUAAGGCGUUAAGUGAAACGCUAUUAAAAGGAUAUCCAAACGCAUCAAGUGCUUAUUUUGUCGGUUCCGAUACCUUGGGAAGUAUAAAAACUGGCUUGUCAGAUGGUGGAGUGGUGUUGAUAGCCGGGACAGGAAGCAAUGCACUUUUAAUUAACUCAGACGGUUCAACUCACGGUUGCGGUGGAUGGGGUCACAUGAUGGGGGAUGAGGGUGGAGCAUUUUGGAUAGCGCACAGAGCUUGCAAAUAUGUGUUCGACGAUAUCGAUGGAUUGGUGAAAGCUCCAUAUUCGAUUGAUUAUAUUUGGUCGGCGAUGAAACACUUUUUCAAAGUGACAGAGAGACAUCAGAUGCUGAUGCAUUUGUACGGUGAAUUUCAAAAGAGUCAAUUCGCCCUCUUCACCAAGGAAAUCGUCGUUGGCUGCGAAAAGGCUGAUCAACUUUGUCUCUUGCUUUUUGAAGACACUGGUAAAAUUCUCGCCAAACAUGUCGAAGCUGUUUACAAAAAAGCACACAAUGAUCUGAAAUUAGCUGAAGGUGGAUUGAAAAUAGUUUGUGUGGGAUCGGUGUGGAAUUCAUGGAAAUUCAUGAAAAAAGGCUUUAUCGAUCAAAUUGAUAAAGGACAAAUCAUCGAUGAAUCGACUCUUCUUUUAUUAACGACCUCGUCUGCUUGGGGCGCCUGUUAUCUUGCAGCGGAAAAAAUCAACUGUUCUUCAGUUAAAAAAAUAUACGAAAACAAUGCAGACGUUAUCUAUCAUUAUAAACGUAAUAAUUGCUAAUAUUUCUAAACUUUUUAAAUUUAUUUAAUAAUCACAAAAAAAAAUAUAUUUUCCUCUAAAAUAAAAGAAAUAUAUAUCAAACGAAAAUAAAUUUCUACAUAUAUUUU